AUGGGUGCUCAAGCAGUCGCUACCGAGGCCAAGGCUAGCAGCACGUCAAUUGACUCGCUGAGAGCCGCAAUUCCCAAGCACUGCUUCCAGAAGUCGACCAGCACUUCCAUGAGCUACAUUGUGCGAGACAUUGCUCUUGUCUGCACCGUCUUCUACAUGGGCAGCCAGAUUCAAUAUGCACCAACAUUCGCUUUGAGAUGCGCCCUGUGGGCUCUCUACAGUGUCUUCCAGGGCUUCGUCUUUGUCGGUAUCUGGAUUUUGGCCCACGAGUGCGGUCACCAAGCCAUGUUCGACAACGGCACCGCCAACGACACAUUCGGUCUUAUCAUGCACAGCUUCCUGGGUGUUCCCUACUUCUCUUGGAAAUACAGCCACGCUAGACAUCACAGAUACACCAACCACAUGGAAAAGGACACUGCUUUUGUUCCCGCCAAGAAGGACAAUGGCUCCCAGGCCAUGGCCAAAGUCCAGGCGAAGGUCAAGGAGAUUUUUCACAUGACCGAAGAUGCACCUAUUGUCAGCUUGAUCUUCCUUAUUGGUCACCAACUGAUUGGCUGGCAAACAUACAUGCUCUGCUACGCCUCAUCCGGCUACAAGAGUCUGGCGCUUUCCAAGGACCCUCGCACCACUUCUAACCUCAGUCACUACUCCCCCACGUCUCCUAUCUACCUUCCUUCUCAGCGCUUGGCCAUUCUGGUUUCUGAUCUUGGUCUUCUCGCCGUUGGCUACGGUCUUUACUACGCCUCUCAGGUGAUGGGCUUGACUCAAGUUGCGUUGCUCUACGGUCUUCCUUACCUUUGGGUCAACCACUGGCUUGUCGCCAUUACUUACCUCCACCACAACAACGAAGCGGCUGAGCACUUUGAGCAGGGCACCUGGACCUUCGAGAAGGGUGCUUUGGCCACUGUUGACAGAGACUUUGGAUUCGUUGGCCGUGAGCUCUUCCACGGUAUCAUCGAGUUCCACGUUGUUCACCACCUCUUCCCUCGCAUUCCAUUCUACCAUGCUGAGGAGGCUACUGGUGCUAUCCAGCCCAUGCUUGGCAAGAAGUACAUCCGUGACAACACCUCAUUCCUCAAGGCUCUCUGGAAGGCUUGGACCAGCCAUCACUUUGUCGUGGAGCACGAGACCAAGCCUGGUGUCCUCGUCUGGGCAAAGUAA